AUGCCGUUCGGAAACACCCACAACAAAUACAAACUGAACUUCAAGCCGGACGAGGAGUUCCCGGACCUGACCAAGCACAACAACCACAUGGCCAAGGUGCUCACCUCGGACCUGUACAAGAAGCUGCGCGACAAGGAGACCCCGAGCGGCUUCACCCUGGACGACAUCAUCCAGACGGGAGUGGACAACCCCGGACACCCGUUUAUCAUGACGGUGGGCUGCGUGGCCGGGGACGAGGAGUCGUACGUGGUCUUCAAGGACCUGUUCGACCCCAUCAUCCAUGACCGCCACGGCGGCUACAAGCCCACGGACAAGCACAAGACGGACCUGAACCACGAAAAUCUCAAGGGCGGCGAUGACCUGGACCCCAACUAUGUACUGAGCAGCCGCGUCCGCACGGGUCGUAGCAUCAAGGGCUACACGCUGCCCCCACAUUGCUCCCGCGGGGAGCGUCGUGCCGUGGAAAAGCUCUCGGUGGAUGCCCUGAACAGCCUCACGGGCGAGUUCAAGGGUAAGUACUACCCUCUCAAGAGCAUGACGGAGCAGGAGCAGCAACAGUUGAUCGACGACCACUUUCUGUUCGACAAGCCCGUGUCCCCGCUGCUGCUGGCCUCCGGCAUGGCCCGAGACUGGCCUGACGCCCGUGGCAUCUGGCACAAUGACAACAAGAGUUUCCUGGUGUGGGUGAAUGAGGAGGAUCAUCUCCGGGUCAUCUCCAUGGAGAAGGGCGGCAACAUGAAGGAGGUUUUCCGCCGCUUCUGCGUCGGGUUGCAGAAGAUCGAGGAAAUCUUCAAGAAGGCCGGCCACCCCUUCAUGUGGAACGAACACCUGGGCUACGUGCUGACCUGCCCCUCCAACCUUGGCACUGGCCUGCGUGGGGGGGUCCACGUCAAACUGGCCCAUCUCAGCAAGCACCCCAAGUUCGAAGAGAUCCUUACUCGCCUGCGGCUGCAGAAACGGGGCACAGGCGGCGUGGACACAGCAGCCGUGGGCUCCGUGUUUGACGUCUCCAACGCCGACCGCCUGGGCUCCUCGGAAGUGGAGCAGGUGCAGCUGGUGGUGGACGGGGUGAAGCUCAUGGUGGAGAUGGAGAAGAAACUGGAGAAAGGCCAGUCCAUCGACGACAUGAUCCCCGCCCAGAAGUAG